ACUGCCCCUCUAUCCUUCGUGCUUAAUCCCUUCUUAGCUUACCUUUACCCUUUAACAUACUCAACUCUGGCAGCUGAGUACGUUCCAUAAUCAUCCAUGGCAUCCACAACCGAACUCGCAUCCUCCUUCAUCGAGGGUGCCCCGCCCGGCGAGCUCGCAGACGUCGUCGCAGACGUCAAGGCUCUCACCUCCGACGGUCCCGACAUCAUCCCCUCCCUCGCACCGGCCUUCGAGCGCUACAAUGAGACACAGCUGGCGACUGUGAAGCUUCCCGGAGCGAGCCAGGAGGUCCUGAUCAGCGAAUACAACAAGCUCGAGGGAAACCGGUACUUCGAUGUGGAAAGUCAGACGUCGUUUGAGGUGGACCAUGUCACGCAGGAAGCAUCGGCAGCACAGUCAUACGUCCUGGAGUCUCAAAAUGCGGAUUUGAUCAAAUCUCUCCUCAAGUCCCUCUCCGCACACGCCACCGAACACUACCGCACCUGCAGCUACGGCGUCUACCCGAUCGAGGACGAUACCGCUGUGGCCAUUGUCCUCGUUGCGAACCGCUACUCGCCCAAUAACUUCUGGAAUGGUCGCUUCCGCGCCAUCUACACUCUCCCCGUGAACUCCUCUUCGACCACCAUCUCCGGCCAGAUCAAGGUCGAUGUGCACUACUAUGAAGACGGCAACGUGGCUCUCAACACCAACAAGCCGGUGAAUCUGUCGGUGCCAUCCGUGGAUGCCAGUUCCAUCAUCUCGCGCAUCGCGGCUGCGGAGCGGGAUUACCAGGAGGAGUUGAACCGGGCGUUUGUUAGCACGGCAGAGGGAGUAUUCAAGGGGCUGCGGAGACAGUUGCCGAUCACACGGCAGAAGGUUGAGUGGGAGAAGGUCGGAGGAUACCGGCUGGGACAGGAUAUUGCGGGAGGACGGUGAUUGUUGUAGAUGUGUAGAUUAGCGUUGAACAAUUGUGUGAAUUUGAAAGUGACAUGUCACGUACAUCAUCCUCGUUGUGAUCCUGAUGGGGUGAAUAUGAUAGAUAAGCGGAUACCGAGCCGAUAUCGCG